AUGGAAAAGAAACCUAAAUGGCUAAAUUGGCUUCUCCAUCUCAAACGCAACAGCCGCUCAUCCUGCCCUGCGCACAUCAACUACUGUGAGGGAAGAGGGAGCUUCACAUCAACUCUAAUCGAAUUCCUCCAGCUCCAACAGCCACCUCUUCCGCAUCUUAUUCGUCCUCCUCCGGCGCUGCAGGACGCUUCACCUGCUGAAGGACUCGUCUCCACCACGGCUACAAGACUCGUCUCUUCUCUGCCAUUGUAG